GGUGGCUGAUCAAAGAGCAAAUGCGCAGAUGAUCUCAGGUUUACAGGGGAUGAGAUUCAGCUUGCAGUGUUACCCCUGACCCUAUCGUGUAUAAAUCUGGAAUGCUCUUCAAACGAUUACAGUCUUCCGCCUUUUCCUCCUUUCAGACUCACAACUAGAUUGCCACGCUCGCUACACCAUCCGCUCGCUUUUACAACACAGAGAAGUCACAUCACCAGAACUCAUCGAUACCUCGAGUUCUCUUCUUCUUCUCACAAAGAUCUGAAACCAACCAAUCCACCAUGAAGAGCGCGACUGUCGCCACUCUCCUCGCCUGCUUGGGCACAGCCGCCGCCCAAGGAGUCACCAUCUCCCUGCCAUCGGGGGUCUCCCUCCCCUCGGGCAUCACCCUCCCGUCUGGCGUCUCCAUCGUCACGGCUGGAGCGAGCUCGACGGCCCAGGCCAACGCCAACAGGAGGUACCACAAGCGCCAGAAUGGCGGCUUCAGCAUUUCCGGACUCUCGAUCGGCCUUCAGCGGACUGCCAACAACGCGGCCGCUCAGCAAACCGAUCAAGCAAACGCGGCUAACGCUGAUAACGCGGACGCUGGCAAUGCCUGAGCCAUCAAAAUUUUGCAUUCAGCAGCGCUUGAGGGUCAGGGAGGGGUAUAAAGAUUAGGGAAACAACAGGUUGGAUGUCUAGCUGGAUGUUUUCGCAAGGGUCUUGCUCUAUUCGUGUUCUACUUGAUGGACUUGGGUCAUUCCUUUUGGGAACAGUUGACGGAGAGAGGGGUUCCGAUAAAGGAGGGUUUUAAAUAGCGAUGAACACGGUUGCUUCAACUGUUUAGAGUAAUAGUUGACUCUGGAUUUUUUUUAAAAAAAAAAAAAGUCCCAGCCGGAAGCCUCAAGAUCGAUCAAGAAAAAUUUUG